AAGAGGAGGCUGCCAUGACAUCGGUGGAUGCUGCACAGGAUCACAUCCACACCAUCGGCAGCAAGCGCUCCUCCAUCCACCUUGCCAUCCCUCCGUCUUUUCUCUCUCUUCUCCUCCUCUGCUUCUCCUCCUCAUACCACCAUCCUUGCUCCAUCUAUUCCUUUUCCCCUUCCCUCAACAGGGGCACACUGCAGCAGAGGGCCGUGUACACACACUCUCCAGCAGGAACGGCAGCAGCGGGCAGACUGGCUCUCCAUUCACUUUGUCCUCUUAAAACCCCAUUUUCUCCAUCCUCUUUUCUCCUCCUCACCCUUCUUCUCCAUCUUGCUGUCCGGUUUCCCAGGAUGCCUCGGUUCAGGAUGCUUCAGUAGGCCCCAGCAGCAUGGGCGGAGCCUGGGCGGGAAGAGAGAUUACAGAUUGGACCCUUCCCCUCAGGACGGGCGAACUGGCGGGCCACCCUCCCUCUUCUUCAGAUGGGCGAGGACGCUGAGAGCCCCAAAAUCAACCACACCUUCCUGAGAGACUACGUCACAGAAGCCGAUGUCAUCUCUACAGUGGAAUUCAACCAAACAGGGGACCUGCUGGCAACAGGGGAUAAAGGUGGCCGAGUGGUCAUCUUUCAAAGAGAAACCGAGUCCAAGGGCGUGUCAGAGGAGGCAGGUGAGGUGGGGGACUCGGGAGAGUACAACGUCUACAGCACGUUUCAGAGUCACGAACCUGACUUUGAUUACCUGAAGAGUCUGGAGAUAGAGGAGAAGAUCAACAAGAUCCGAUGGUUGCCGCAGCAGAAUGCCGCACAUUUCCUGCUUUCCACCAAUGAUAAAACCGUCAAACUGUGGAAGGUCAGUGAGAGAGACAAGAGACCAGAAGGAUACAAUCUGAAAGAUGAGGAGGGACGAAUCAAGGAUGUUUCCACCAUUACCUCUCUGAGGGUGCCGGUGCUGAAACCAACAGAUCUGAUGGUAGAAGUUCGCCCCAGGCGGGUGUUUGCAAAUGGACACACAUACCACAUCAACUCCAUCUCCGUCAAUAGCGAUGGGGAGACCUACUUGUCUGCUGAUGACCUCCGCAUCAAUAUGUGGCAUCUGGACAUCACUGAUCGUAGUUUCAACAUUGUAGACAUCAAACCUGCCAACAUGGAGGACCUGACAGAGGUGAUAACAGCAGCAGAGUUCCACCCUCACCACUGCCAUCUGUUUGUGUACAGCAGCAGCAAGGGGACCCUGCGCCUCUGCGAUAUGAGGGCCUCGGCUCUCUGUGACAGACAUACCAAACUUUUUGAGGAGCCUGAAGAUCCCGGAAGCCGUUCAUUCUUCUCAGAGAUUAUUUCCUCUGUGUCGGAUGUUAAGUUCAGCCACAGUGGGCGCUACCUGCUAACAAGAGAUUACUUGACUGCUAAGGUGUGGGACUUGAAUAUGGACAAAGGCCCAGUUGAAACCUACCAAGUCCACGAAUACCUGAGGAGUAAACUGUGUUCCCUCUAUGAGAAUGAUUGCAUCUUUGAUAAAUUUGAAUGUGUCUGGAACAGCUCAGACAGUGUGAUCAUGACGGGGGCAUACAACAGCUUUUUCCGGAUGUUCGAUCGGGAGACGGGCCGGGGCGUAACCCUUGAGGCAUGGAGGGAGAACAGCAAGCCUCGGGCUGUGCUGCGGACACGCCGGGUGUAUACGGGCGGGAAGCGACGCCGUGGGGACGUAGGCGUCGACAGCCUGGACUUCACCAAGAAAAUCCUGCACAUGGCCUGGCACCCUGAGGAGAAUAUAAUUGCUAUUGCAGCCACCAACAACCUAUACAUCUUUCAGGAUCGUGUCAAUCCCGACGCGCAGAUGCAGUAACAGGAAUGCAAACGCAAACUUGAAACAAUUUCAGUGUUUAAGGAGUGCAUGUGAGAGAUGCAGCCUCUGAAAAUUGGGAUUUAUUCUUAAUGAGUAAAUAAAAGACUGAUUAUUGAUCUAAAAGAAGUUAAUAACUGAGGAAUGGUGUCUAAUAGUUUUUUCAGCCCUGAGAUGUGCUCAUGUCUCUAGUGGCAAUUGGGACUUCAUUUUUUUGCUGCACUCUACUCCCACUUUUCCAAGAUGUUUGUGUAAUUUCCUUCUGCAGAAGCAGUGAAGAAGGUGCAGGGACACCUCUCCAUCUGCAAUGACUCAGUGCUGUUAAUCACACAGUGUUGCACCGCUCACUAAUCUACUCUUUUCACGGAAAGAACGGAAAGCGCUUCGGUAAAGAAAUGUGUGAUGCUCCUGACAUAACUGGAUGACUUUACGAGACAUUGCAUUUAAAGUUGUUUUUUUUAAAAUGUGGAAUGUUAGGAAUGGUGUAAGUGAAUGUUUCUUUGCAAUAUCUUUAUUUUCUCUGCUGAAU